AUGAACAAAGCCAACAAGCGCCGUGAAAUGGACGUCAUGAAACUGAUGAUGAGCGACUAUGAAGUGCUUCUUUCGGACGAGACUAAGACUAGCGGCCUCGAUGUCAAGUUUCAUGGCCCCAAAGAUACUCCAUACGAAGGAGGCUUUUGGAAAGUUCACGUGACGCUACCGAAGGACUACCCUUUUAAAUCUCCUUCUAUUGGUUUUGUUAACCGUAUUUACCACCCGAACGUGGACGAAGCAUCGGGAUCCAUUUGCCUUGAUGUGAUCAAUCAAACAUGGAGUCCAAUGUUUGAGCUCAUCAACAUUUUUGACAUGUUCAUCCCACAAUUGCUUCGAUACCCAAAUCCCAGUGACCCGCUUAACGGAGAGGCUGCUUCAUUGCUUAUGAAAGACGCUGAAUUGUACAACAAAAAAGUGAAAGAGCACGUGCGAAGUUAUGCCUCGCAGCCCAUUGAAAUGGACAACCAGGAAGAAGACAGCGAUGUUAGCGAGAUGAGUGACAUUGAGUAA